AUGGUACCACUGUCUGACUUCAACCAAGUGUUGGCUCUAGAAGAUUUUAUUCUGCUUGCCAGUGGAACAGAGUCAGUAGAAAAUGACACCUUCAAAACUCUGGGUACUUUGAAGACCUUAGAACUCUGGAAAAAUAAGUUAAGACAAGUCCCUAGUGCUCUCCCAGCCAGCCUUGAAGUGUUAAUUCUAAAUGAUAACUCAAUAAAUGUCCUACAUGGAUCAGAUUUUGAAGGACUGAUGAAAUAAAAAAUCCUUGAACUUAAAAACAACCUGAUCUCUUCCCUCUCUCCCAGCAUGAUUUCCUCCCUUGUCAGUUUGCAAAGUUUGAUAUUGGAUGGCAACGAUAUGGAGGCUAUAGCUGGACCACUGUUACUUCCCCAUCUGACACAUACGAGUUUGGAGAAUAAUAAACUACAUCUUAUACCAGGUAGCUUCUUUACUUCUCUACAGUCUUUGCAAUUUCUCAGUUUCAGUGGUAACUUUCUGACUAAAGUUCCUAUCAAUCUACCCAAAUCCUUGCUAUCUUUAAAGAUGGAAAGAAACCAGCUCAGAAUGGUAAGGUUUCAAGACAUGAAACACUUGGAGAAUCUUUCCCAUCUUUACCUGUCAGAAAACUUACUCUCUUCCAUCAAUGGGGCACAGCAACUUACAAAUUUAACUACUCUUGAGUUGUCCCAAAACCAGCUGCAAAUGUUGCCCUGCAAACUGCCAGUAAAGCUACAAAAACUUGACUGUAGCAAUAAUCUGACUGAGAAAGUUACAGCACAAGACUUCUAGGACCUUUGAGACUUGAAGCAUUUGUUUCUGGACAACAACAUUGUGAGUUUGUUCGAAGCUGGAGCCCUGCAGAGGUGUUCUCAGCUUUCCGACCUGGCCCUGGAGCAGAACCUGCUAUUGUCCAUACCCCUAAGGCUCCCAGGGACCUUAGCUAGGCUGGACCUAAAAGGCAAUGCCAUCCGGGAUAUUUCUGAAAGGGAGGUCAGGGACCUCAAGCAGCUUCACGUUCUAAACCUGAGGAACAACAAAAUCUCUGCCUUAGACCUGAAAGCCUUAGAGAGUCUGCCUUGCCUCAGGCACCUCUGCCUGGAUGGAAAUCCCUGGAAUUGCACCCGCAGUCUCCUAAAAGCAAGAGAAGCCCUGAUGGCCAAGGGCAAAGAUGUAAGGGGAGGACAAUGUGCAGCACCAGCUGAACAUCAAGGGGAGAGCUGGAUGUCUUCCAAGAAGAUCAUGAGGCAAUGUGAGCAUCACGUACAUCUGACUGAGAAAAACAAAGAGACCAAAAAGAAAUCAAAACCUGACGACCCCUCCAGCAUCAGAAUCAACAUGGAUGAUGAUGAUUAUGACUAUGAAAUAGACUAA